CGGGACUGCUCUGUAUUCCCAAACUUUAUUGAAAAUAUUCCCUGCUGUAGAUUUAGCCCGGCUGUGCCGGGGAGGCAGCUUCUGGGUACCCCUAAACCUUUUCGUUACUUCGAAAACAGCUGCUGUAAAUCUACAAAUCAGUUCCUCCCCAGACUCCCGCCAAAAGCCCAGCCUCUUCCCAUCUGUAUCUCUCUGGUGCUAUUCAAAAUUCCUCCUCCCCCAAUGCCCUCCCAGGCACCCUCUUUUGGGGGGCCUGUGACACUAAAUGUGGGAGGAACCCUGUAUGCUACUACCUUGGAAACUCUAACUCGAUUCCCAGACUCAAUGUUGGGAGCCAUGUUCAGAGAGGGUGCGGCACUGCCACCCAAUUCUGGCUCUCAAGGUAGCAACUACUACUUUAUCGAUCGGGAUGGUAAAGCCUUUCGUCACAUCCUCAAUUUCCUGCGUCUGGGCUGCCUGGACUUGCCUAGGGGUUAUGGGGAGACAGCGCUCCUGAGAGCUGAGGCUGAUUUCUACCAGAUCCAGCCCCUACUAGAAGCACUUAGGGAGUUGGAGGUAACUCAGGGAACUGAGGUGAUCACAGCUGCGUUGUUUCAUGCAGAUGUGGAUGCUACCCCCCGACUGGUCCACUUCUCAGCUCGUCGAGGUCCCCACCACUAUGAACUCAGUGCUGCUCGAGUUGACACCUUUAGAGCCAAUAUCUUCUGUACAGAUCCCAUCUGUCUUGGGGUACUUCGAGCCCGGUUCGGAGUUGCUGAAGGGGAAGGAGAAGGAAGUCCCCAUUUCCAUUUGGAAUGGGCUCCCUGCCCAGAAGGACUCCCAGAGGUUGAGUAUCGACGUCUAGGAUUGCAGCAACUAUGGGUAGUAGGAGAAGCUGGUGAGAAGCGCGAGGUAGUAGGGACACCUGGGUUCUUGGAGGAAGUGCUCCAGGUGGCUCUAGAACAUGGUUUUCGACUUGACUCUGUCUUCCCUGACCCUGAGGACCUGCUGAACUCCCGAUCGCUGCGUUUUGUCCGACAUUGAAAGAAAAAGAAAGAGUCAAUAAAGUUAGGAAUGCAAUCCCUCUAUCCUUUUAGAUCCAAAAGAGAUUUAGGACUUUAUAAAAUGACUUGGAGGAGGUCGGAGCUAUGAGAGUUAAGGGGGACUUCCAAUCUAUCUCUUGACUGAAGCUUCAAUCCCUAAAGAAAUAGGAAAUUGGAAAAAACCACCCUUCCCUCAUUCCCAACUUAAGAUUUUAUCAGAUUACUUUGAAGGGCAAGAGAGUUUUGUGGGGAGGCACCUCCUUGGUCCUCUGACUUAAGAAAAGAAAAAAUAUCUUAAUGGAAUCUCAAAUUGGGGGUUGGGGUGGGGGAAGGUGGACUGUGGAAAAACAAGUAUUAUCCAUAAACUCUGGUGUAACAAAUACUGGUUGACUGACUAAUGGGUGAUGCCAUACUUCAUCUCACCCCUAUGUUUCAUGCUGACAGGGUGUAGGGGAGCUGAGGUAUUGCGGGGUACAAUGCUUUAUGUCUCUGAAUGGCAAUAGAAUCUGUCAUUUGUCUUUUGAUCUCUGACUGUGCUCCCUUUCCAGUUUUUGGACUUGUCUAGGCCUGUUCUGGAGAAUACCUAUAACAAUGCUGUUCCUUUAUGUGAAAUGAUUGGAUUGGCACAGGGAGUAUGCAUUUGUGUUCUUUCAGUGGACAGGUAGAAGACUUAUUUUUGAAUUGUAGGGUGGCAACCCUUUGUCAAUAUGGAGAGAACCUGAGAGAGCCUUGAGGCAAAAACUACAGGCCUAGUUGGGCUGAUGAGGCUAUUUUGUUUUUAUUGGGUUGUUGUAGAAACCAUGGUGGUGAUGCUAGGAUUCACUAUAGUGAAAGGAAGAGAAAUUUAAUUCAACAAACUUAUGAAGGGAGGGGGAAAAUGGAAUAUUUGCUCUCCUAUUUUGCACAGAUUCUUUUCCAGGAAGAGUCACUAUUUAUUGUUCAUAUCUAAUAAAUAAGAAAUGCCUAAAAAUAAUAAAAAGAAAAAAACUUUUUGAACUACAAA